UGUGUGAACUCAGGAUGAAGAUCCUCCUUCUCAUCUUCACCUUCUGCCUGAUCUCAGAUGGAGGAGCCUCUAAUGAAGUAACAGGAUAUUUAGGAGGAAGAGUCCUUAUCAAGUGCAAGUAUAAAACAGAAUCUACACAAAACCUAAAAUAUUUCUGUAAUGGUUCAUGGUCAGGCUGUUCUGAUCUAAUAAAGACAGGAGAUAAAAACAUGUGGGUAACUUCAGGAAGAUUCUCACUGUUUGAUGACACCAAAUCAGCAGAGUUCAGGGUGAUGAUCAGAGAGCUCACUGUAGAGGAUGCUGGGACGUAUCUGUGUGGAUUUGGGAAUGUUAACGGGAAAGACAUUUUGACACGAGUGGAACUGAAGGUGCAGGAAGGAAGCUCUGGGUCUAGAGAAGUGAGUGCAUAUAAAGGAGGAAGAAUCAAUGUCAAGUGCAGAUAUGAGAAUAAAUAUAAGGACAAACCAAAAUCUAUCUGUAAGAUCGGAACACAACCGCUGUGUUUUCCUCUAACAACAACAACACUGAACAGGGAAUGGACACAUAACGGCAGAUUCUCAAUUUAUGACAACAGAAGUGCAGGAUUCGUUAAUAUAUUUAUCAGAGAACUGAUUAUGGAGGACACUGGAACAUACUUGUUAACUGUUGCUGUGUCUGAUGAAAUUGAGACCUCCACUGUAAUCAAUCUUACUGUAACAGAAGAUCUGUCCUAUGAGAAGUCCAUCAGUAAGACUGUCCAAGUAGGAGAAGAUUUAAACAUCAGCUGUAAAUACCCAGAAUCCCUCAGGAGUUAUAACAAGUUUCUCUGCAGGAGGCAGUCAUCUGUUGGAUGUCAUAAAUCUGUUAAAGCAAGUAGAAAAUAUGUAAAUGUGGGGAAAUUCUCCCUGUAUGAUGACAGAACAGAACAAAUCUUCACUGUGAGUAUUAGAAAUGUAACUAAAACAGACUCUGGUGAAUACUGGUGUGGAGCAGGAGCAGCCUGGACAUCUGAUCAUGGAUACAAGGUUUAUUUCACACAGAUCAACCUGACAGUUACUGAUUCAAGUGUACCAGUGCCAAAACUGAAGCCAACUCAACCUUCACCACAACCAUUAUCAUCAUCAUCAUCAUCAUCACCAAUAUCCCUAUCAACAUCUUCCUUCUCAUCAUCAGCAUCAUCUAAUCCAGCAGCUUCCACUGUGAUCAUGGUGUCUGUAAUUCUGCUGCUGCUUCUGAUUGGAAUCAUAUUCCUCACUUUCACUGUUCAAAAGCGAAGCAGGAUUCACGCAGGUAAAGAUUCUGUUGCCCAGAAUUCUGUCCAAAACUCAGAAGGUUACCAUGGGGUUCCUCUUGCUGUCUCUGAUUAUGAGGAGAUUAAAGACACCAAACAACGUUCUACCUCAGAAGCUGAAACUUCCACAAUUUACUCAACUGCUCAAAUACCCACAAUCACUUCUCAACCUGUUUAUGCUGAGAUAGAGUUUCCUACAAUCUCCUGUGAUUCUGCUAUUUAUUCUACUGCUCAACUACCCACAAUCCCCUCUGAGCCUUCUCAAACAGUUUAUGCAGAGAUAGAGGGUCCUACAACCUCAUGUGAUUCUGUAAUUUAUUCUACUGCUCAACUACCCACAAUCCCCUCUGAUUAGGAAAUCUACUUCACAGCUCAGUUACCCACAAGUCUCUCUGCUGAGAAAUCUGUUGACGGUUUGACUCACGCAACAGUGAGUUCUCACUCCAAUGCCACCAGCUCUUAUGAUGCAGUUCCACAGAUUAUGGAAGACGUCUCUACUGUCUACACUUCUGUCAGUCACGUGACUUCGUCUGUUUAGAUGAAUCUGUUGGCAUCGGUUAUGUGGUACUGGAACUUUACUAUUUAUUUCAGAUGACUUUCUCUUAAUUCUUACAUCUUUUUCAUACUCUGUCUCUUCUUCAAAACAAUUUUCAGCAAUCAGCAUAUGCAAUGAAGACAUUAUUUUUUGUCAUUCUUUAACAUUAUUGCUUCUUAUAGUCUCCCACAGUUUGCACCCUAAACUAAUUUCCAUGGUAUAACAAAUCUAGAACUUAUAAUCUAAAUCUCUGUCCCAGAAGGAAUGUGAUGAGAGCAGUUCAUGUUUGUUCACAUUUCCAGCCCUGAAGUGUCAGUUCUCUUGUGAUGGAGUUUUGUCAGGUAACCAGAAUCCUGCAGGCAAAUCGGUCAAAGUCACUGAUUGAGUGGUUGAUCCUGGUGGUUCUAUGCUUUUAUAAAAGAUUUCAGCAAGGGGUGUUUUAAUUCAGUACUAUGUCAGGAUUAUGAACCAAGAUUCUGUACUGCACGACCGCGUGACUUGGUCACAUGUAUCCGAUCACUCAUACCUGAACUAUAUUGUCUUGUGGUAGCGAAUGUAUUUUUGUAACCCAGAACGCUUUCGGAGUAACAGGAAGGGAAAACUUUGGUCUGAGACACGUGGGGUGACUUGCCACCAAGCAGACAUAGAGAGUGGUUCUGAUUGACCCUGUGGUAACCAUCUUUCUCCUUUCCUGCACAGCUGAUGAAUUCACUUUGCUUCCAUGCUAUUCAGAGGAUGAGAAUCUGUUUCCCGGAAUUGCUGAGGGCACAAGAAGAAAAAAUAAGGCCUUACUACAGUCCAUUUCACCAUAGAUGUUUAGCUGAGAGCACAAUUUAGCCUGCCUGGUCGGCUUAGAUUAGUGCUUUUUCCUUACUCUAUGCAGAGAGCAUCACUGACUCUUCUGCUUCUGCCUUGAACUUGUUUCUCUCACAAGCUUUGCAGUAGCUAUCGCUCCUGUGGACCCACACAGAGAAGCAGACAUCAUCUAUUUUUUUUUUCAGGCCCCUUGCCCUCCCUUGUGUGUUCGAACUGUGCAUUAUAGGGGGACUCUGUGCUGUACAUUUAAAGAGGGAUUAUGGACCUGGACUAUGAUUCCCUGUACUUCGUCACAUGGUUAUUGGUUUGAAAAUUAGCAAGAUACAAACAGAUAAAUAAAAUUAUUUAUUUAUUAAGCGUAUGGGAUAGCUUUCCCUUUUUGAUAUAUUUGAUGCUAUACCUUUUUGUCCUUGAGUAUAAGCUUUGUGGGUAAACUUGCAGAGAGAUUUGACAAAGAGAGUCAGUUUUGUUUAAUUCAGUGUGGAUGGCUUUAAGCAGUUGAUGAAUAGCUAUAAAACAUUUCCUGGUUAGUUUAUGUUCUCUGUUUUGUCAAAUCUACACUCUGUCCAGGCCCAUACAUAUGUUUUAGUUUGCAAAACACUAUUUGGUGGCCUUGCAUCAACUCAACCAAUUAUCCAAAUCCCAAAAGUUCUUUAGGACAGUUGGUGGAAAAUGGAACCCACAGAAAACCCAUAUGGACACAGACAGAAUAUGCAAAAUUCUACACAGACAGUUUCUUAAGAUCAAACUCUGGAAAAUGGAUCUGUGAUACACAAAUGCUUUUUUAUAUUCAUGUUAGUUUUAUUUUAUUUUAUUCUUAUGAUGACACCACCUAGGAUUUUUCUUUUAACACACUGUAUUUUGUGUUUAGUGUAUCUGUUCCACACUUGUCUUUUUGUCUGCACUGUUAUAGAAGUUACUUGUCUUCUGGAAAGUUACUUGUUACAGGAUCUUCAGGAAACAUCAGGAAAUAAUGCCACUUCCUGAUAAACAUAUCACCAACAUUUC